AUGGCCAAGCGGCGCGCGGAGCCGCUGAUGUGCCACGUGCCCGUGAAGCGGCUGCUGCGCGAGCCGGCGCUGCCCCGCGCGGGUGAGCGGCGGCCCCGGGCAGAGCCGGGCGGCGCCGGCCCCGUCGCGCUCAAGCGCCCGCUGGAGGAGGCGGAGGCGCCGCCGGGAAAGCGGCUCGGGCCCGGCGCCCCCCGGGCGCAGCCGGGGGACGCGGGCGGCGGGCGGCAGCGGCGCGGCGGGACUGUGGCGCCCCAGGACGCGCCGGCGGCGGAGGGAAGCGCGGGCGGCCGGGGCAAAGAGCGGGCCGCCGCGGCCGCCGAGCAAGAAGAGGAAUUCUGUCAAUAUAACUCAUUCCUGUACUGGAGAGCCCCACUGCCUGCUAUUGAUUUGUCUGAUAUUCAGAACCUAGAUGAAGAGACUCCAUCGGGUGCCAAAACUGCUGCAAGGACUGAUACUGCAGAAACUGAAAUGGAAACCUGAUCAGUUGUUUCAUAGCUGUGCAUCUGUUCCCAGGGAACUUGUUUCCAUUAAGAUGGGGUUUUGUUCCUUGGGUGAAUAAUAAGCAUGCUUAUGCGGUCUUGGAGAAACUGUGGUGGCAGUCUUUAAAAGCAAAUCUGAGUUGCCUUAGUGGAUGGGAUGAGCAAUAUUGGGUACUUAAGAGGAAGCUAUCUGAAGGUGUGCAGUAAGGAGGAGCCAACAGUGUCUAACAAGAAUACUUGAAGACAUGGAGGCAGACUAAAAGAAGAAUAUAGAAAAUGAGAACUUUGGGAUGCAAUUAAAAGAAAUGGGGAUAUGUUACAUGUUGAAGUGCAGAAUUAUUUUGUCUGUCCUGAACAA